AUGGAAAGAGAUAAAGAAAUAUUCAUUCGAUCAGCUGCAUCUUUACGUUUAGAUGAUUCACUUCAAGCUAAAGAUAAUGUUUUCGAUCACUUAUAUAGAACAAAUACAACAAGUGAAACAUUGAAAGAUGUUUUGAAAAUAAUAGUUGAUCAUGAAAAUCGUUCGUUAUAGGUUGCACCAAAUGAUCGUGUUUUCCUUGAAUCAUUUUCAUCCGUUAAUAAUUUUUUGAUAACUAUUACUGAAUCUAUUAGUCGACAAGAAAACAUAUAGAAGAAUAUAAACUAUUAGCAUAUUCACUCUAUGUUAGGGUAUCUAUUGUUAUACAAACUAAUUUGCAUUAUUUUAUUUAUUAAAUUAUGAAAAAGUAAAAUUAAUAAUAAAGCAUAAUCAGUAUUUUAUUGAAAAUCAUUUUUUUCAUCAUGUUUUGAAAACUCUUACAACAUUCACAAAUGUCGAUUAAAAACAAUAGAGAAUACUAUUGAUAUAAAUAUACAAUAAUAUUUGAUAUUUAUAUGGAAAAAUAUUGACCAUGAUAAUAGAGAUUUAAUAAGUCUAAUUUAG